ACUCGUUCAAUUUCCAACAGAACACUGGCAUCCGCUCGAAUUAGAAUGCGCUCGACCUAGCAUCGCUCGAAUUAUUUAUUGGAUUAUUUUCUGACGGAAUCGAAGGCGGUUGCGGUGUUUGCAUCAUUUUCGAUUAAAAAUGCCUGUUGGAGUUAAGUUGGCCAGUGUACAUGAGGCAGUCCGUCAUGGAGACGUGUUGGAACUAGAAGCAAUGGUAAAACGAGGAGCGAGUAUAAAUGAAGUAGAGAAUACAAAAGAUAAGUUCACACCAAUCCACUGGGCAUGCCAUGCAGGUAGUUUGGAGUGUUUACAUUGGUUACUAUGGCAUGGUGGUGAUGUGAAUGUUACGACACCCCAAGGCUGGACUCCAUCACACAUAGCUGCCAUUCGAGGACAGGAACCCUGUAUUCAGGCUUUGUCAGCUAAUGGUGGAAAUAUGAGCUGUACAGAUCGCAGAGGGAGUACUCCUGCCCACUUGGCAUCGGCUCAUGGAAACUCAUACACAUUAAACACAAUACUGCGAGCAGGCACGGAUCUUGAUGCUAAGGACUUGAAUGGUUGGACUGCAGUACACGUUGCCUGCUACCAUGGACGGCUUGGUUGCCUCCAGUUACUCGUCAAGUGGGGAGCAAGGACUGAUGAGGUUGAUAAUAAUGGCAACACUCCAGCUCACUUGGCCGCAACAGAAGGUCAUUUGCCAUGCUUCAAGUUUUUGGUAAGCAGCGGUUCCAGCAUCAGCCAAACACUAGGAGCAAGAAACGACAAUGGAGAAACACCCAAAACCCUUGCCCAGCAGUUCUACAAACAGGCUUGUGUUGAUUAUAUCAAUGCUGUAGAAUGGGAACGUGAUCAUCCUGAAGACCAGGAAAAUCUUGCCUUUCCCGCUCACAUGGCAGCUGCACAGGGUGAUGUGAGCCACCUGCGUAUGCUAAUUGAGCAAGGAGUUGUGAAUAUUAAUGAGCGGGAUGAUAAAGGCUCCACCCCUGCUCAUAGAGCUGCUGGGAAUGGUCAUCUACAGUGUUUGCAGUGGCUCGUUGAGAUGGGUGCAAAUGUUCACAUUCAAAAUAGCGGAGGUGAGACACCAGCAGAUGUUGCUAGCCGCUUUGCUCAACUGGCAUGUGUCAAACUAUUGAAGGGAGAUGGUUCAGAUUCUGAUGAAGAUCCAGGUGCUGCUGAUGGUGAUGAUGCUGACGAUGGCGGGGAAGAGAAGUUGGCACGUAGAGCAGCAGACCACGGCAAUGAGGGUAGCAGCAUGAAACUUAGCAAAGCCAAGAAACAAGAGGGAAGAGGAAGAGCAUUGAAAAGAAUUGAAGAAUUAGAACGUUUACUGGUAAUUGCAAAGAAGAAUUACAAUCAGCUUGGUGGCCAACUGGAGGAGGAUCGCGAACUGCUACUUAGAGAGAAGGAAACUGAAAGCUUACCACCUCACAGGACAAUCAAAGAAUUGGAGUCGCAGCUGGAGUAUGAACGUCUGCGACGUGAAAAACUCGAAUCGAAGCUGGAUGAGUGCCGGGCUGAAAUACAACAUCUGAACGCUCAGCUUGAGAAGUCCUCAGGUGUAGUGAGUGAGGAAGAGGUGAAGCCCAAAAAGAAGAAUAAGAAGAAGACAAGACCAUCAUCAGCUGCCACAGGGGGUGUGUUUGUAAAAAGGAAUGUCAGCAAACCACCACCAAUGAGGAAUUUGGACCUUUUCUAGAAAGGGGAUUCAAAAACAUUGAUAUGAGAAAGAAUAAAAAGCAGGGAAACAAAGUGUGGAAGAGAGGAAAAUGGACCGUGGAAAGUGUUUUUUGUUUAUUCAGCUUCAGGAACAAAGGGCCAAGAAUGCUAAACAGAUAGAACUUAAUCACAUUUUAAGUAACAACCAUUCACUAGACAAAUGCCCUCUGUUCAAACUUUUUUUUUCUCAUGUGUAAAAAACAACUCCAUUCCCUAAGCCUCAUAAAGAGAAUUGGAAAGCAUCAUUCCAUCCUGUAAGUGCCAAGUGUUCUUUCUAUGUGAAAGAAAUUGAAUAGAACCUUUAAAAGGCCAUUGCGACUACAAGAUUUAUGAAUUACAAAACGAAAAAUAUUCAAUUUAAGCAAGUGAAGAAGUAAAGCAACUCUGUGAGAGGAUAAAUAUAUUUACAUUUUUUUAAACCUUGUAUGGAAAAUGCUGCAGAAUAGAUCAGCGAUGUACAAGAUGACAAUAGUUUGUGCCUCUUGUAUGAGUUUAUUAACUGGGUUGUUGCUAUUAAAACUUUGGGGAACACUGCUAAAUUGAAACAUUAAUAAGAUUCACUAUCCAUCAGCUAUGCUAGUAUUAUUAUUGAUUGUUCUAAGGUUCAGUAGUCAUAAUUAAAAUGCUCGUUAAAGUCAUAAAAAGAAUGUUUCACUAUAAGUCAAUGAAAAAUAAAUGAGUUCACUAAUCACAAUAUAAAAAAACCAAACGUUUUUUUUUCUUAUUUUAAACUUAUGAUAUACAUUUUUGAUUUAGUACUUUUCCCUUGAUUAUGACUAGUGAACUUAAUGGUUAGCAGGGGUUGGGGAAAGUUUUUUUUAAUGAAUACAGCAUAUAUAAAAUUGGACUGGUGACUUCUGUUAUAGGGUAAGCUAAUGUUAUGAAUUGCAAACUGUUUUUAAAAAACGAAUCUUAUGAAUAGCGAGUUUGACUCUACCAUUAAUAAUGUUUGUAUGUUUGGUUUACUUCACUUGGACAUUAAAACUCUAUCUAUGAUAUAGUA